AUGGGUAAAUCCAUCUGGACCCUGCAGCAACCAGAGAAGGCAGUGACGGAGGGACAUCCUGAAUGUGGCAGUGUCGACUCUUUCUGGGGCUUGAAUGGUGGCUUCCUGCUGAAGGCAGGGUGCGCUGUGGCCUUGAAAGGUGAGGACUCCAUCAGCACACUGGGCAUGAUCCUUGGAGUGGGACUGUCCCUGCUGCUUGUGUCCAUCCUCGGCUACAGCUUAGCCAAGUGGUACCAGCGCGGGUACUGCUGGGACGGGCCUAAUUUUGUCUUCAACUUAUACCAGAUCCGGAACCUGAAAGACUUGGAAGUGGGGCCACCCUUCACCAUCAGUGGCCACAUGAGCAGUCCUGAUGCCGGCUACAUGAAGUUCUCCAAUGAAAGAGUCUGAUGGAGAUGCAUCUAGCCUCUGGAGGU